CAAUUCUAUCUUCAUAAUAUCCAUGUAAAAUUAGGCACGCGAUCAAUUUUUUUAAAAAAAAAAUUAUUUUAGUUACAAUUAUUGUGUUUAAUUCAAAAUGUCAAUCGAUUGCAAUUUAUCACCUACCAUUGAACCAAUUCGUCAAUUAUUUACAAAUAAAUUAUUACAGAAACCAAUAAAAUAUAAAAAUAUUCAAAUAGAAGCCUAUGAAGCAUGUAUGAAAAGUAUACAAAAUAUUCAAGAUCAAUAUAAUAUUGAUUUAAAUCAAUUAAAUACAUUAAAUUCAAUCAUAAUUAAUGAUAAAUCCUAUUGGAAAUGGGAAAUUAUUAAUUCAACUAUUGAAUAUAUACCAUCAUUUUAUUAUCAUCAAAAUUAUGAUCGAUCUAAUAAAAUGAUAAAUAAUCAUCAUCAUCAUAAUAAUAAUCAAUUCAAUAAUCAAUAUUCAAUGAUAAUUCCAUCAACUCCAUGCAAAAAAUUAAAUCAAAUUAAUCGAAAUCAUCAUACAAUCGAUAAUAAUGGAAUAUAUAUUAAAGAUCAAUUCACUUGUAAACAAUCUAUUCCAUUGAAUAAUGAAAUGAAACAGAUAACAUUACAUAAUAAUCAAUCAUGUAAUUUAUUUACACUAUGGCAACCAAAAAUAAAACGUGAAAAUUACAUUCAUUUAAACAAGAAUCAAUUAACAAAUAAAUUAAAAAAUCAAUCAUCUUUCAUAAAUUAUCGAUCUAAAAGUUUAGAUCAUGAUUUAAAUCAUUUAAUACAAUUAAAUCAAUUAAAUCAAUAUCAUAAAACUAAAAUAAAAAAUCAAUUUUCUUCAUGUAUUGAUCUUUAUCAAAUGAAUAAUAAACAAAUAAAAAAUCAAUAUGAAACCAUUGAUUCCCUAUCGAAAGAAAUUAAUAGAAAAUCAAAAAAUGAACAUAUGAUUAAAAAAUCUAAGCAAAAAAUAAUCAAUAAUCAUUUAUUGAUUACAUGAAAUAUAAAAUCGAAUAUUAUGGUUUCUACUACUACUACUACUACUUAAAUGACGAUAAGUGACUACAAAACUGACUUAUCGAAUGUACAAUAUUCAAUAGUGACCUUCGAGGAGAUCAUUAUCAUUAUUAUUUAUCUUACUAUUACUGCUAAUAAUAAUAAUAAUAUUCUUAUUAUUAUGUACCAAUUGUUUUAAAGCUAAACAUUAAUUUUAUUCUAUUUUGUAUGUAACGCAAUCUUUUCAAAUAUUUAUGUAUAGAAUAUUGAAUUUUCUCUUGGGAUCUUAUAUCUUCACCUUGUACAAAAAACAAAUUAAUAUAAACUACGUGUUAAUUUAUACUUUUUUAAAAUAUCAGAAUGGUUUUUUGUGGAUAUUAUAGUAAUUUUAAUGGUUGAGAUGAUGAAUACCAUUGAAUGAUGGCCAGCUCAGUGAUCUAGAGGUCAAACGUUUGUGCGCAACCAAUAGAUCUUGGUUUUGAAUCUCGCUAGACAGGAUCAUGGAUGUGCAUUGCUGAGGAGUUCCACAAUAGGAUGAAACGGCCAUCCAGUAUUUUCAAGUUUUCCAUAAUGAUCUAACUUCAAUGGAUUCAUGAUCUCAACCUUUAAAAAAGUAAAUUCUUCACAUUGUACACAUUACAUAUGAGUGUAUAUUCAUUGAUUUUGUUAAGAAUAAUUGUAUGGAUCCAUUUCAGUUCUUUUAUGAGUCAAAUUACAUGUACAGCCUCUUUGUUUUCUUUCUAUUUAUUUAUCUUUUAACAUUUAAAAUGUAAUCUGUAAUAAACAUGUAAACAUUC